CUCCAACAUGUCGGACCCUUUGAAUAUUCUUAUCACAGGUGGAGCUCGCGGUAUUGGUCGCGGUCUCUUCCGCCAAUUUCUGUCAAAAGGUCAUCGAGUGAUUAUCCUCGACUCUAAUUUUGAAGAGCUGGACCACGUCAGAUCGCAGGCGGGAAAGUGGCCAAGCACACAAGAGAACUGGCACGCAUUGCAAUGCGAUCUGAGCAAGCGCGAGCAGAUCAAGGAUGCAGUCCGAACUGUGAAGGAGACAUUCAAUGGAAAGCUGGACGUACUAAUCAACAAUGCUUUUCCGACAACAUUGCAGAUCGCAGAAAAUCGGAAGAUGGAAGGGGAAGGAGACGACAUCGAGGCUGAAUGGGAUCUCAAGAUUGCUAUAGGCUUGACCGCUCCAUUCGUCCUCAGUCGACUCUGCGUACCUCUCCUUAUUGCUGGCAAAUCGACUAGAGGUUCCCCGGGCACUAUCAUCAACGUGUCAUCCACACGAGCUUAUCAAGCUGAGUCGGACCACGAAGCCUACUCUACAGCAAAGGCGGGUAUCCUAGGCCUUACGCGGUCGAUGUCCAUCUCUCUAGGUCACCGCCACGCAAUCCGAGUGAACGCGAUCAUCCCAGGCUGGAUCCAUGUCGAGAACGAAAGCAAAGCUGGGGAUGAGAAGGGAGCGAGAUGGGAAGAAGGGUUGAGCAAAAACGAUUUUGAAUGGCAUCCGGCUGGACGGGUUGGCAAGAGUGAGGAUAUUGUACGUGCGGCAGAGUAUCUGGUUGAAAGUGGAUUCGUCACGGGCCAGGAAGUCGUGGUUGAUGGCGGAGUGGGGAGGAAGAUGGUGUACCCAGAAUAACUGUUCGCAAACUGCAUUCGAUAGUUCCUAAUAAGGCUGAGUGGAAGGGCGGGACCUGCCAAGAGGAAGCAAUCUCGUCUCCAAUCUGUCGACCAAACCAUCGUUAUCUCAAUCUCUGAAUCCAAUCCGUCAAGGAUGUUCAGAUCUGGAGGUGACAACA